UGAGGCAGACUGUAUAUAAACUGUGGUGAUCCGAAACCUCUGACAGCAGCUCGAGAAUCAUCUGACUUGAAGCUUUCUAGAGGACUUUGCUAAAGUGAUCUCAAGGUGUCUUUUCAUCAUGGAUAUAACCAUUUUUAUGAUGGAUGGGACUGCCCACACACUGAGUGUGAACCCACAGGCCACAGUGGGCUCCCUGAAAUCCCUGAUCCAGGAGAAACUAGGAGUUCGCUCUGAGACGCAGAAGCUGGUCUAUGUAAACGGCAUGAACACUGUCCUCAGCGACGACUCGACACCCAUCAGCCACUACGGCUUGAACUCUGGAGCGAGGGUCUCCCUGCUGGUGACCCAGCCUGCGACCAUCCAGGUGUUCCUCAGAAACCAAAAGGGGAAGACGAGCACAUAUGACAUCAAACCUGACGAGACUGUGGGCAACUUCAAGAAGAGGGUCCAGUCCAUAGAGGGGGUCGCGGCGGACCAGCAGAGGCUCAUCCACCAGAGCCGAGAGAUGACGGAGGCAGGGAACAAACUCUCAGACUACAACGUCGUAUCACACAGCACCAUCGACCUGAGCCUCCGCCUGGUGAACCAGCCUGCGACCAUCCAGGUGUUCCUCCGAAACGAAAAGGGGAAGACGAGCACCUAUGACAUCAAACCUGAUGAGACUGUGGGCAACUUCAAGAAGAUGGUCCAGUCCAGAGAGGGGGUCCCUGUGGACCAGCAGAUACUCAUCCACCAGGACAAAGAUAUGACGGAGGCGGGGUACAAACUCUCAGACUACAACGUAGUAUUGCACAGCACCAUCUACCUGAGCCUCCGCCUGAGAGGAGGCUGAGGACACUUCUGGUUCAUAUAUCAGAGUUGAUUUCCUGAACAUUCCUUUAUUUUAUUUUAAUUAAUGAUAUGGAUUCAAAUUGUUCCUAUUUAUUUGUAUUUUCAUUUGGAAAAAUCAAUGCAUUCCUCUGUUUAGGCUUAUGUAUUCCGUAACAUCUUAAAAAAACUUGUUAAGGCUUAAUUCUUUAUUUGGUUUUGGCAGUACAAAUAUUUUAUCCACUCAACACGGCAUUAUGUUAACUGUACACUGUUAAAAACAAAUAAAAAUUACUUUCCAAAUAUGAA